AUGGUCAGCUGGAGACGUCUUGCUUCUCUAUUUGGUGACGAGGCCUUGUCCAUUGGCACGGUUCAAGUUCGUUGUGAUGGCAAUCCGAAGGAAACAGCUUGUGGCAAUUUAGUGCUUGAACAAUUUGGCAACACUACACUCUUCCGUCUUUUGGUGCUAGAGGAUGCAUCAUCUACCAGCAUCUCUUCUUCCUUUUGCUUGCCCCCAGACAUCAAAUGGGUUGUCUCCUUGCCCAAGAAGGUCAAGUCUUCUAACUCCGGGUUGAAGGCUCUCAGAAUUGCAAUCACAUUGCCCCACACCAAGGAAGGUUUUGACUCCAUUACGGUCACAUUGCCAUACGAUGGUGAAUCUGGAUCUGCUCGUAACUUUGUAGAAGCUUUGGCUUAUGCUACCAGCGAGGCUUAUGAUUCGGUCCGCCAAACAACUUGA